AUGCAAGAUUUUACUGAUUUUUCCUAUAUUCCAACCGCAAAAUCAAAUUCACAAACACCCCAUUUUCCAUUUUCGUCCAUAUUUAACUCCUCUAUCGGAAAUGUUACUCCAACUUCCUUGCCGUUUCCAACUCAAUUCAGUGCAUCAAGACAUAACUCAUCUGGUGUUGGUGGCUCUUCUAACCCAUCCUCUCAGACUCCUAUACAAUCUAGUCCCAAUUCGCAAUAUUCAGAUUUUGCCAACCCUCGUGGAUUAGAUGCUAUCGACCUUAAUGAUGAUGAUAUUGAAGAUCGGAGGCAAGAUAGUAUUCAACACUGGUAUUGGAAAGAGGAUGAGAUGCUGAUCAGUGGAUGGUUAAAUGUUUCAACUGACCCUGUAGUUGGUACCGAUCAAAAGGGGAAAACAUUUUGGAGUCGAAUUCAUAGCUACUGUGUAGAAUUUUGCACCGACAUGACAAGGGGGGUAGUUGCAUGUAAGAAACGAUGGUAUAAGAUCAACAAGGCUGUUGCACAAUUUGCUGGUUGUUACGAUCAAGCUAGUCGAAACAUAAGGAGUGGUUCGAACGCUGAUGAUAUAAAGGAGUUGGCUUAUAAACUUUAUUCCACAAAUUAUGGUCAAAAGUUCACUUUUGAGAGGCAUUAG